UAAGGGACCCACCCUAGCAACAAGAUUAAGAGACUCUUACAAAAAACACACAUGACCAGAAACACUAGACCAAAAACACCCCUAAGUGGCUGGAGCUGGAGCUGCCAGGGCGAGGACAUGGGAAACUCCUCGAGCCCCUGCAAAAGACCAUUGUUAAUAUUCUUCCUCGAUAACUCCAAUGAGACUGGAACCUGCAAAUGGAAGCUAUUAUCCGAAUAGUAUUAUAUGUUCUUGCUGUAGAUCACCUCUCCUUUUUUGGUUAGUUCAUAUAUAUUGGCAUCCUCUGCAUUUCCCUAAUUGUGCUAAAAUAAGUUGUAAACACAUUUGUAUGGUUUAUACAUUUAGGACCUGUGACAAUCUGAUUCUUCACUCAUAUGGACUUGUCACUUUGAACAUCAUUCAUGAUUGUGCUUUCAGUGGUCAGUCACAAAUUCCCGAAGAAGUCUAAGUAACCUGAUAUAAUCCUACCAUUAAGGUGAAAGCAGUUUUUGUGGAAGGUGUACCAAAUUCUUGGGAUCAAGCUAAGAUGAAAGAAAUCUUCAAGAAAUAUGGAAAGAUCAAACUUGUUGUUCUAUCACGUGAUAUGCGAUUGACUAAAAGGAAUGACAUUGCAUUCAUUCACUACACUAUCCAUGAGGCUGCCGUCUUUUGUCUUCAAUCAUUUGAUGGGGAACAAUUGACUGAGAAUGGCUCAAAGGUUAAUAUGAAAGUCGCUCUUGCGAAAUCUGUCCAAAAGAGCAGGAAGGAUAUAGAAGAUCAUAAAUGUUAUAUUAGUGAGAAACACACGACAAAUAUUCCUAAAAGUGAAAGAAAACUUGGGGCGUCUUCACUGCAUAUAUUGCCUUCCAGUUCCAGGGGGGGAGCAAAAAAGGAAAAAAUUACAACACUGGGGUUAUGGAAUCGAAUCUAUCCAUUGUACAAUUGUUGGUCUACCUACUUCUCUAACUCUCAAGAGUUGAAGAUGAGCCGGCUGUUUGAAAUUAUGUAG